CGUAUUAGCUGUGUUUCACAUGAUAAGCUGGGUCUCUGGUGUGUACACCAUAGCUGAAUCGUUCGACUGAACUCAAGAGCGGAGCAGACAUGUCGUUCACACUCCGGAGCGUGAAGGUGCCACCGAACUCCGUCUCUCUCGACGAAGCCCGGCACCGAGUCUUCGACUUCUUCAGGGCCGCCUGCAGAUCCAUCCCUACAGUCAUGGACAUCUACAACCUUCACGACGUCGUCGCCCCAUCUCACCUCCGCUCCGUCGUCGCCGCCGAGAUCCGCAAGCACGCCUCCGUCACCAACCCCAAGGUCAUUGAUAUGCUGCUCUUCAAGGCAAUGGAAGAGUUAAAUAACAUCACUGAGCAUGCAAAGCAACGACACCACAUCAUUGGCCAGUAUGUUGUGGGUCGCGAAGGACUCAUGCAGGAUACAGGCGCAAAGGACCAGGGGGCCUCUAAUUUUCUCAAAGAUUUCUACAAGACCAAUUAUUUUUGAACCUCCGACUUUCCAUGACUGCACUCCCAUGUGAUUUUGCUUUUGGGUGGGACUUCCUAAAUAAAGAUGUACUUGACAAUGGUUUUGUAUCUCUGUUGAAUUGGAAUGUAGAUUGUUAAGCUCACAACAGAAUUUCUGUUAUGAACUAACUAUUGUUUUAAAAUCAAGAACUAGGGCAGCAAUCUCACCAGUUGAGCUGUCUAGCAUAA